AUGGCGAACCGAGGGGGUGGGGGGUGCCCGACCCACAAGACAGCUAGCACCGAGGUGCUGCUGUCGCGGGCGGUGUGGAUCGUCCCAAACCUGCGACGGGGCCUGGUCUGGCACAUGCACGAGAAGCCGUUUCGGAAGGUGCGCCACCAGGCCUACGUCGGCAGGGAGCGGGCCAUCACCCAGCUGGCAGAGCAGUUCCGCGCCCCCCCGGGCAUGACUACCAUUGUCGGCGUGGGCAACUGGUCGGCCCAGGACCGGGGGGGUACCAUGCGGGGGACUCCGCCUGGGCCCUGGAUACGCUUCUUGCGGCGCCUGCGGCGGGUGUGCAGGGUGGUGGUGGUCGACGAACACAGGACUUCCAAACUGUGCUGCGCCUGUCACACCACCCUGCACGCCCACCAGUACAUGCGGGUGCACAACGGCGAGGAGAAGCUGGUGAACGUGUGGGACACGAAGCGGUGCGCCAACAGGGCCUGCAAGGUCAACGUUGUCAACCGCGAAGUCAACGGGGCGGUCAACAUCCUGAUGUUGCUCAAGCGCUUUUUUGUGAAUGCACUUCGUCCCGCAACUUUAGGGAGUGGGGGUUACUCCUACCUCUACGAACCGCUAUGGUGGGCCGGAUUCCUGAGUAUGGUGGUUGGGGAGCUGGCCAACUUUGCAGCAUAUGCCUUUGCCCCAGCCAUCCUCGUCACCCCUCUGGGAGCGCUGAGCAUCCUCGUCAGCGCCGUCCUGGCACAUUUUCUGCUGAACGAGCGACUGAACGGGUUUGGGGUGAUGGGCUGCAUACUCUGCGUCACAGGAUCUCUGGCCAUCAUCCUGCAUGCCCCCGAGGAGCAGGUCUUUGAGUCCAUUCCUCAGGUCUGGGCGCUCGUGGUCCAGCCAGGCUUCCUGCUGUAUGCCGCGAGUGCGGUGGCGGCGACUCUGCUCCUCAUCUUCCGCGUGCCGCCCGACGUGGCUGCCAGCAACCCGCUGGUCCCCAUCGCCAUCUGCUCCGCGGUGGGCAGCCUGUCGGUGAUGGCCUGCAAGGCGCUGGGCCUGGCGGUGCGCCUGACCCUGGCCGGCUCCAGCCAGCUGGGCCACCCCGCCACCUGGGCCUUUGCCGCCACGGUGGUGGUCGCGGUGCUGACGCAGAUGGCGUACCUGAACCGCGCGCUGGACCUGCACAGCACCGCCCUGGUCACGCCGCUGUACUACGCGGGCUUCACCUCGCUCACCCUCCUCGCCUCCGCCGUGCUCUUCGGCCAGGCGGCGGGCGGCGUGGCCGCCGCCAGCCAGGCCUCGGGCUUCCUCACCAUCCUGUGCGGGACGACGCUGCUGCACGCCACGCGCGACGCCGACCUGGCCGCGCUGGCGCCGCUGCUGGGCCUGGCCCGCCGCGCGGGCGAGGACCAGCCCGCCGUGGAGCUGGCCAAGGACGCGCGGGUGUGA